UUAGCGGUUGUCUCUUCUUUCGGAUUAAUGUCAGCUUUUGGUAUAGAAAACAUUUCGUGGAAUGCCACCAUUCCAUAUCUUGUACUUGUGACCGAGAUAGAUGAUGCAUUCGUAGUAAUAGGCUGCUGGAGGGUCACCAAUCCCAAGCAGAAAGUCGAGAAACGCAUGGAAGUAACAUAUUGUGAAGCUGGAAUUUCCAUCACUUUGACUUCAGUCACAAACUUCAUUUCUUAUUGCAUCGGAAUGAUGAGUCCGUUUCCUUUUGUCAGAAUAUUCUGUUAUUAUACAGCGACAUGCAUCGUAUUCACUUUUCUGUAUCAGAUGACGUUUUUCGGGGGUUGCUUGGCAUUAAGUGGAUACAGAGAGAAGCAGAAUUGUCUUUCUUUUACAUUAUUUAGUCGAGUAGAAUCCGAACAAAAUACUUCGACAGAAAACGAAAUACAAGAAGAAGCUUCCAUGGUAUUUUUUAAAGAUGUGUUAGGAAAAAUACUAUCGAAUCCAGUUUUAAAAAUAAUUGUUGUCUUUAUCUAUAUCAUUAAUUUAUCACUUGGAAUUUGGGGUGCUCAUUCUAUUGAACAUGGAUUAAAGUAUGAGCAUUUAUUUGCCGAAGGUACUAUGCUUCAACAAAGCUAUCAGAUUCGAAUGAAAUAUUUUGCAAAUUACGUUUAUCCUUUUCACAUAAUCAUCAAUAAGACUUUAGAUUACUCAGAUAUAAAAGUUCAAGAAUCCAUAGAAAAUCUCUUAAAAAAAUUCGAGCAACAUCCGAAUGUGGCCGAAGAGCAAUACACUGUAUCGUGGUUAAAAUUUUAUAAGGAGUUUCAGAAUAAUCCUGUUGCAAAAUUUUCGUUAGGAGGUUAUAACAUGUCGAACAAACAAGAUUUCAUCGAUGGUCUUCGUAACGUUUUCUUCAAAAUACGCGCAGCCAAGUCACUAUCUAAUGAUGUCGUCUUUAAUAGCGAUGGAACUGAUAUUUUGUAUAGCAGAUUUUUUAUUAUGGGUAAGAAUUUAAAUACUUCACAAUCAGACAGAAAUACAUUGAAAGAAUUAUGGGAAAUUACCGAAAAGUCCGAAAUUCCUGUUUUGGUGCACUGUAUAAAAUCGAGUAUAGUUGACCAAGGUAUAAUCAUAGAACAUACAAUUUACCAAUUAUUUUGGAUUACGGCCGUUUUAAUAACUAUAAUUUUUUUCUUAAUGAUACCGAACGUUCUAGUUGCCCUUACUGUUGCCAUAUGUGUUGUAUGUUCAAUAAUAGAAACAUUGGGUUACAUGUCACUAUGGGGCGUCAAUUUGGAUAUAUUCUCAAUGAUGAAUCUAAUUCUAUGUGUUGGAUUCAGUGUGAAUUACCCUUGUCAUAUGUCUUAUGCUUAUAUUACGUCAUCUAAGAAGACUGCGAACGAGAAAAUGAGAGAUUCUUUGUAUCGUAUUGGAUUUUCUGUUAUUCAAGGUUCAUUGUCCACAGGAUUAGGAAUAUUGAUUUUAUAUUCGGAUGUAUAUUUUCUGUCGACAUUUGUGAAAAUCGUAGUGCUUAUUGCUAUAGAAACGGCAUUUCAUGCACUACUUUUUAUACCUGUCGUUUUGUCUAUGAUUUUCCCCUUAUUUGAAAAGUCACAAAAUACUUUAAUUUUGUUAAUAAAUCAUCGCCCUGGUCGUCCUAAGACUAUUUCGUAAAUAAGGUGUUUUAAAGAAUAACUUUUUUCAUUACAUUGGAAAUGACUUUUAUAUUGGUACUGGUAUACAAAAAGAUUGUCUGUUAAUUAAAAUUUGAGUUUUAAUUAUUUUAAUAUUUUUCUAGCAAAGGAUAAAAAAUUCUAAUUCUAUGCCCUUGUUAACUGUAGUUUCAUUCAGUGUUGUUUUUUAUACGCCAUAUUUGCGUUAUUUGUGUACUGUACACUUAA